AUGAACAGUGAAAAUAUAAUUAAAGUUAUUAAAGGAAAAAAAGUUGUAAUAAAUGGUGAAAUAAAACCAGCAUCAAUUUUAAUUAAAAAUGGUAUUAUUAUUGAUAUUAAAGAUUAUUCAAGUGAAAUUAAAGAAGAACAUGAGGUUUUAAUUGAAGAAGAGAAAUUAGUUAUUAUGGGUGGAUUAGUUGAUAGUCAUGUUCAUAUUAAUGAACCAGGUAGAACAGAAUGGGAAGGAUUUUUAAGUGCAACAAGUGCAGCAGCAUCAGGUGGUGUAACAACCAUUAUUGAUAUGCCAUUGAAUAGUUCACCAGUUACAACAACAUUUGAAAAUUUACAAACUAAAAUUGAAUCGAUGCCAGGUAAAUUAAGAGUUGAUGUUGGUUUAUUGGGUGGUAUUAUACCGGGUAAUUCAUCAGAGAUCUCUAGAAUGGUAUUAGAAGGUGGUGUAGUUGGUUUUAAAUCAUUUUUAGUUCAUUCUGGUAUUGAUGAAUUCCCACAUGUGAAAGAGGAUGAUAUUCAAGAAGCAAUGAAUGUAAUGAAAAAAUUAAAAGAUGAGCAAGGUGGAAGGGAUGUAGUUAUGAUGUUUCAUGCAGAGAUUGAGGAACCAAUUAAAGAGGCCACUGAGAGAUUACAACGUGAGAAUGCAGAUCCAAAAUUAUACGACACCUUCCUCAAAAGUAGACCAAGAGUUAGUGAGAAUAUAGCAAUUGAUAAGGUUAUUGAGUUAACUAAAAAGAAUAUGAUAAAAACUCAUAUCGUUCAUUUAUCAUCCAGUGAUGCAAUUGAAGCCAUUCACGAGGCGGUUCAUAAUGAUGGUGUGCCAAUUACUGCAGAGACAACCUACCAUUAUCUAUACUUUGAAUCUGAGCAAGUCCCAUACGGUAACACACUCUAUAAAUGCUGUCCACCAGUACGUGAAAGUGAAAAUAAAGAUUUACUUUGGAAAGCUGUGACCAAUGGUACCAUAAACAUCAUCGUUAGCGACCACUCACCAUGUACAUUAGAUUUGAAAUUAAUUGAACAAGGUGAUUUCAUGAAAGCAUGGGGUGGCAUUAGUUCGCUACAAUUAGGCUUACCAAUCAUUUGGACAGAGGCUAGCAAAAGGGGUGUGCCAUUAGCCAAACUCUCAGAAUACAUGUCUGACGCACCAUCACGUCUAGUUGGCUUAAACGAUCGUAAAGGGUCAAUUAAAAUUGGCAGAGAUGCAGAUUUCGUUAUAUGGGAUCCUGAAGAAUCGUUUACAGUCGACCAAGGUCUAUUAAUGGUAAAAAAUAAAAAUUCACCAUACCACGGUGAAAAACUUUUAGGUGUAGUUCACCACACGAUUUUACGUGGUAAUAAAAUAUUUUCAAAAGGUGAUCAAACAAUUUCAAAAAUUAUUGGUAAACGUUUAAUUCAAACUAAAAUUCACACAAAUCCAAUUUACCCAUCACCAACAUUACCAACCAUAGAGUUAUUAAAUAGUUUAACUGAGCAAAAAACAUUCUUUGAUUGUAUUCAUUUACUAUUUGAAGCUGCACCACCUUUAGCAAAUGCAUUAUUUUCAAAACGUCCAUUCUCAUCAUAUCAACAAUUAAUCGAUCAAGCUUAUUCAAUCAUUCAAUCAUUAAAUGAAUCUGAUAAAAUUCAAGUUAUCAAUGCUCAUCCAAGAAUUGGUGUAUCUGCAUCACAAGUUAAAAAUUCAUCAUCAAUUAGUUACCGUGAACAAUCUUGUGAUAAAGAUUCCUCGAUUGAUCAAUCAAUUCUUGAAAAUUUAACACAAUUAAAUCAACAAUAUGAAUCAAAAUUUGGUUUUAAAUUUGUUGUAUUUGUAAAUGGUCGUCCAAAGAAUGAAAUCAUUCCAAUUUUACAAAAUCGUUUAAAUAAUAAUGAUAAACAAAAAGAAUUAAAUUUAGGUUUAUCUGAAAUGAUUGAAAUUUCAAAAUCAAGAUUAUUAAAAUUAUUAUAA